CCGCCGCUCCGCCCGGCCCGGCCCGGCCCGGCCCCGGGAGGGCCCCGCGCGGGGCGUGGGGCGCCGGCGCUGCUCGGGAGCAGGUGACGCCGCGGGCUGCCCCGCGCCGUGUGCGCGGCAUGUGCGCGCCCGCGUAGCGCGGACGGCCCCCAUGGGCAGCGGCUGCGGCUCCCUCCUCUGCCCCCCGUCUCUGGAAGUGCAGGCAGGCAACGCUCCUCAUGUCUCCCAGAUAAAAAUAAAGGCGACUCCCUCCUCCCGGCCGCAGAGUGCCCCCGAGCCCGGCCAGGCGCGGGGCUGAGCGACCCCGCCGCCCGGCAGCGCGGCCCCGGCGACCCCCGCCCGCCCCAUGGAUAUUGCAACAGGUCCCGAGUCCUUGGAGAGGUGCUUUCCGCGGGGCCCGUCGGACUGCUCAAAGAUGCUGGACGGUAUUAAAAUGGAAGAUCACCCUCUGCGCUCGGGUCCGGCCACGUUAGGAGUGCUACUGGGCUCGGACUGUCAGCACCAGGCCGUGUGCGAAGGCUGCCAGCGGCCCAUCUCGGAUCGCUUUCUGAUGCGGGUGAACGAGUCGUCCUGGCACGAAGAGUGUUUGCAGUGCGCGGUGUGUCAGCAAGCCCUCACCACCAGCUGCUACUUCCGGGACCGCAAGCUCUACUGCAAGCAGGACUACCAACAGCUGUUUGCUGCUAAGUGCAGUGGAUGCAUGGAGAAGAUUGCUCCGACCGAGUUCGUGAUGAGAGCCCUGGAGUGUGUUUACCACUUAAGCUGCUUCUGCUGCUGCGUUUGCGAACGACAGCUGAGAAAAGGGGACGAAUUUGUUCUUAAGGAAGGACAGUUGCUCUGCAAAAGUGACUAUGAAAAAGAGAAAGAUUUGUUGAGCUCGGUCAGCCCAGACGACUCAGACUCAGUUAAAAGUGACGAUGAGGAUGGGGAUGUUAAACCCACCAAAGGACAAGUAACCCAAGGAAAAGGAAGUGACGAUGGGAAGGACCCAAGGAGACCUAAGCGACCAAGGACAAUACUUACGACGCAGCAGAGACGAGCCUUCAAAGCUUCCUUCGAAGUGUCUUCCAAGCCCUGCAGGAAGGUCAGAGAAACACUAGCAGCUGAAACAGGACUCAGUGUGCGAGUUGUCCAGGUCUGGUUUCAAAACCAAAGAGCAAAGAUGAAAAAACUAGCACGACGGCAUCAGCAGCAGCAGGAGCAACAAAACUCUCAGCGACUAGGGCAAGAAGUGAUGUCCAACCGAAUGGAAGGGAUGAUGACAUCUUACACACCGCUUGCACCUCCACAGCAGCAGAUUGUAGCAAUGGAUCAAAGCAGUUAUGGCACAGACCCAUUUCAGCAGGGUCUUACCCCGCCACAAAUGCCAGGCGACCACAUGAACCCUUAUGGAAACGACUCCAUUUUUCAUGAUAUCGACAGUGAUACCUCUUUAACUAGCUUGAGCGACUGUUUUCUUGCCUCUUCCGAAGUUAACUCCAUGCAGGCUAGAGUAGGAAACCCCAUUGACAGGCUGUACUCUAUGCAGAGCUCAUAUUUCGCCUCAUGAAAAUAAAAGAAAACAAACAGUCGGCGUAUAUUUAGCCAGUGACUUUUUCCAGUGCAGACUCUACAGCCAUAUGUUGCCCAGCUCUUCCUUCACAGUGACUCCUGCUGCCUCUGGACUGCAAAGAGCAUUUUUAGGAAGACUAUGUGUGUGUAUAUAUGUGUGUGUGUGCGUGUGUGUGUGUGUGUGUGUGUGCGUGUGUUUGUGUGUGUGUGUGUGUGUGUGUGUACAUACACACAUCAUAUAUAAAUGCAUACAUACACACACACAUACGCGCACGCACACACACACACACACACAUAUAUAUAUAUAAAACAAAACAAAAAUAUCCUCCAGUCCCUUACCCUUGAUUACCCAGCUUGCACCAGACCAAGAGACAAGCAUGGAAGGAAUAGAAGACCCUGCUCUUCAGCAGCCUUUGUUUUGGUUUGGUUUGAGCUCAUCGUUGUAAAGGAAAUGGAUUUUGCAGAAAGCUAGACCUUUUCCUCCUUUCUCUAGUCCUUUCUUUUGGAUGUUUAAACUUUUUUUUUAAAAGCCACUGAUACUGACAUCAGUCGACCAUAUGACAAAUAAAUCAAAGAAACUGGAGAUUCCUCCCUUUUCUUACUGCAUGAUUCAUACUAUGUUGUGGACAAAUUGCCAUUUGAACUGUGAGAAGUUAAUGUAAAUGUGACGUUCAACCUUUGUUUCCUUUCUACACUUUUUCUGCAUAACCUAGAUCUGCUCAUUAGUUUAUAGCCCUUAUACAUAUGAUACUGAGGAAACUGGUUAACAGUAACAUUUGUGGAGAAAGCCAGUGAUUUCGUAAUAGGAAAGGUCUAUGACCCUGGAGAGGUGAUGCAUGUUAGGGGCAGAGGCGUUUAGGUUAGUAUUGAUCUCAAAUAAUUAAAACUAAAGGUGCUUACAAGACAGAGUUUUAUUUAAUUUUUGAAGUGUGAGAAUAAAACAUUUACUUUUGUUUGUCAGUA